CGAGCGCAACAAUGGAGAUCCCGAGGAAGACUGCGGCGGGGGCGAUAAGCUCACGGACGAAGCAGACGAGGGACUCGCUCAGCCUCUGGGGUGACGGAAAUGGCUGGGCGACCGGCGACGGGUCCUGCUCUAGUAGCGGCAGCGACCACGAGGCCCUCCACAGCCUCGUCCACGCCUUCUUCGACUGCGACGUCUCUGAUUCCCACCCGCCGCCGGAUUCGGACGCCGACGAGAAGUCAGAAGAGUACCGGUUGGAUGAGGCGGCGCAGUUCGUGUCCGAGGUGAUCCUCGACUACGGCGAUCGCUUCAGAUUGCGGCUCCUGUCCGACGUCCGCGACGCGGCUGAUGCUCUGGCGGCCCUCCGGCCAACCGGGUCCGGCUUCCGCCGGGCGGUGAUGGCGCGGCUGAGGGAGCUGGGAUACAACGCCGGGGUGUGCAAGGUCAGCUGGGAGGGCUCCGGCGGGCUCGUCCCUGGGAACUACGAGUAUGUGGAUGUGGUGGCGGCGGAGGAAGCGGAGAAAGCAGAGGAGGUCCGGUACCUGGUCGACUUAAGCUUCGCGGCGGAGUUCCGGGUGGCCCGUGCCAGCGAGAAGUAUGAGCAGUUGGUGAGCAGGUUGCCGGAGGUGAUGGUGGCGCGGCCGGAGAUGGUGAGGCGGGUGGUGCGCACAGUGGGGGAUGCGGCGCGGCGGUCGCUCCGGCAGCAGGGGAUGCCGGUGCCGCCAUGGAGGAAGGGGAGGUACAUGAUGUCCAAGUGGCUGGGGUCUUACCGGAGGACUGUGAACGCCGUUCCAGCAUCCGCCGGGGCCUCGGCGAGCGGCGGCGGAGGGGCCAAAUGCCGUACUGUAGGCUUCACGGCGGCUGUGAAUUCGACGACGCGUGUCAAAUUUUGAUCCCCAUUAAUUGUUGUAUAUUAGCUUGAAAAAAAGAAUGAUCAAGCCUCUAAUUUUUUUUUUCAUAUUAAAAUUGUAUAGAGAAUUCGUUAGCAUUGUAAUUCAAUU